CGGAGUCUGGCGGAGGCACUAGGGGAGCAUGGGGUGUUUUGAAUAAUUAUUAAAAUUAGCAUGUGUCUGCGCCAUCCUGUGGGUGUGGCGCAGAGCGGAGUGUAAACUCCAGCGGGGCCGGAGCAAACAUUGGAUUAGCGGCAGCAGCCUGCCAGCCUGCCGAGGAGUGCGGGGACCAGCGCGCGGCACGCCGACCGGCACGAUGGCCUCGUCUCAGGGGAAGAACGAGCUGAAAUUCGCCGACUGGAUGGCAACUCUGCCGGAGAGCAUCCACAGCAUCCCCCUCACCAAUUUAGCCAUCCCAGGAUCUCAUGAUUCCUUCAGCUUCUACAUUGAUGAAGCCUCACCAGUAGGGCCCGAACAGCCAGAAACCGUCCAGAAUUUUGUUUCUGUGUUUGGAACUGUAGCCAAAAAGCUGAUGCGGAAAUGGUUAGCCACUCAAACAAUGAAUUUUACUGGUCAGCUAGGAGCUGGGAUCCGUUAUUUUGAUCUUCGAAUUUCCACCAAGCCCAGAGACCCCGACAAUGAACUCUACUUUGCUCAUGGCUUGUUCAGUGCCAAAGUCAAUGAAGGCCUUGAGGAGAUUAAUGCAUUCCUCACAGAUCACCAUAAGGAGGUGGUGUUCUUGGACUUCAACCAUUUUUAUGGGAUGCAGAAAUAUCACCAUGAAAAACUGGUCCAAAUGCUGAAAGACAUCUAUGGAAACAAGAUGUGCCCAGCGAUUUUUGCCCAGGAAGUUAGUCUGAAGUACCUGUGGGAGAAAGACUAUCAAGUGCUGGUCUUCUACCACAGUCCGGUGGCUCUGGAAGUGCCCUUUCUCUGGCCCGGGCAGAUGAUGCCAGCACCCUGGGCCAACACCACAGACCCGGAAAAACUGAUCCAGUUUCUUCAGGCAUCCAUCACGGAGAGAAGAAAGAAGGGCUCGUUUUUUAUAUCUCAGGUGGUGCUGACCCCCAAAGCUAGCACUGUGGUCAAAGGAGUGGCCAGUGGCCUCAGAGAAACUAUCACAGAAAGAGCUCUUCCUGCCAUGAUGCAGUGGGUCCGCACUCAGAAGCCAGGAGAGAGUGGCAUCAACAUUGUCACUGCUGAUUUUGUAGAACUUGGUGAUUUCAUCAGCACCGUCAUAAAGCUCAACUAUGUCUUUGAUGAGGGAGAAGCCAACACUUGAUAGUACGGUUUGGAGCACCCACGAGUAAGAUAGAGAAGACUCAUUGUAUUAGGCAUAUUAUCUAUAAACACUCUGAUCUUCCUAUUCCACUGGGUCUCUGAGGGGAUUAGGCUGGUAGUGGGUGGGAAAAGGGGGAAACCAUUUCUUCAGUGAUUAUUAUCAUACUGCAUUACUAUAAAUAUUUCAUUUCCCAUUUGAUGAGCAAAAUCUGCUUCUAGUGUGAGGGAUAAAAAAAGACCCGUGAAUUUUGCUUUUCAGAAUUAGUCUUUGCAACGUAUAACUCAUGAGUGUUUACUUGAUUGCAUUUCUGAUUUCAGCCUAGGGCUCCUACACUGAUUCCUCUAACUGAACCUUUCCACUCCCUCUCUCGCUCGCUCUUUUUAAUCAGAUGCCGUAUGGGACUCAAAACAAUUGAAUGCCCAACGUAAUAUGUAUUACAUUGUUGUACUGAAAUUUGUUUUUGUGAAACUAGGUAUAAUAUAAUAUCCUGUAGUCAUCUGCAAUUGGUCGAUCAUUGCUAACUUUUGGCCAUAGAAAAUAUGCAUCAAGUCAGUUUCCCUGCAUCAAUAAUAUUGGAGGACAUAAUCAGUAAUUUUUGUGUUAUAUGAAAAUAACAGUGUUUCACAGUAUUUCUAUUUAAGGCAGCUAUAAAUAUAGUGUAAAAAUUUUUUGAAAAAACAAUUAGUGCCAACUCUGUAGUGAAAGAUGGGGGGGGAGAGAAGGAUUCCAUUUUAAUUCAGGAAUCCUUUAAAUAAUAUCGCCCUGCAAAUGCUCAAUAAAUGAAAAAUUAUGACAAAUAUGUUAAAAUCAGUAAACUCUGAAAAGAACUCUUACAAAAAUCUCCUCUAACAAUUCUCUUGAUUAAAAAAAGUAGAAAAGAAAGCAGAAAUAAAUAAAAGACUGUGCAUGCUUUGCUAUGAAAUUGGGAUCUCCAGACGUGUAAUUCUAAAUCCCAGAUUUUGAAGAACAUAUUUUGAGAAGUUUUGAUUCAGAUUUUUACUUGAAGUUGAGGAAAGAGGAAAGAUAGCAGAAAGAACUAGAGUAAUUUUUGAAACUAUGUCCAUAAAUUCUGAAAGAUCCAUGAAAUGUCUUUAGGAGAUUCUUAAAUACACGUGAUCUGGGCAGCUGCACUGAAAAUUAACACUGACGCAUCAUUUCUGGGUUCUGUCCUACCCCAGGAUUGAGACUGGGGCAGAAGCAAAAGUUUUACAGAACCUCCCAGUGUCCCAAAAUUAGAUAGUCUUGGUCUAUAGGGAAGGAAAAUGAUAACAGGACUUUGAGCCUCGCUUCCUCAUGGUGUCUUUGUGAUAGCUGACAGCUCUAAGAUAACUUUAAAAGAGCACAAUAACCCUCGACUAUGUGCCUCCCAGGAAUAUUGUGAGGCACUUCCCAAAAUCUAUAAAUUGCUGAAAUUCUUAUAAUUAUGAAUUAUUUUAUCUUCAUGUUUAUAAAUAAUUGCACCUCAGUAGUUCCCUGGGAAAAUGCGGUCCAUGCAAAGUAGGGCUAUGGCGAAAUAAAAGCAUGCCCUCAGUUUUUAAUUAAUUUAAACCCAGGACAUAUGGUUUAAUCUCUUAGGCCUAGACAAGAGGGUUGAUUAUGUCCAGAUUAUGAAUAAUCAAGAGCUGGUUAUGAGAUUGUAAAUACUCUUUGUCCAAAAAUAGUGUUUAUUAGCAGCUGCAGGGUAGCAAGAGAAAUUGAUCACACGGAAGAGAGUACUUCUACAGAGUGUGUAGGUCCGCUCAGUAGACCUCAGUAGACCUCAGCAUAGUAUGCGCAUACCCGGAACAGUUCCACAUUCCAGUUGUGGGUCUAUGUCUUGCUUCCCACAGUACACAGUGUCCACCCACUCCUGCCGGUGGACAGCUGCAAAAGCACACACACACACACACACACAUGCGCAGCCACAGGGCUGUUCAAGCAAAAACAUGGAUAAUAUUAAAUAAUUUAAUUUUGAGACUGAAACCCUUAACAAGGUGUGAAAAGAGUGAUAAGAGCUUUGAAAGGAGAGCGGCUGACCAUAUUCAAAUAUUUUUGUAGAAAUAUCCUAGCUUGGGACUUAAUUAUUCACAAAUAUAGUUUUCUUCCCACUUUCCCUCCUUCUGCAGUUUAUUGUCUUUUUAGCUUUUCACCUGCUCUUAAUGUGCAAUUGAAUAUGAAUCAUCUUUAAAGGACUGUGGAUUCGUGAAAUGUUCAUCCUGUAAAUUUGCUUUGUGAGCAGAUUUUCUCUCUGACAAUUCAUUUUUCAUCCCUCAGGAGGUUCUUUAGCCAAGCACACUUGCAAUGACACAAGGAUUUAACUUAUAUAUAAAACAGGAAAAAAAAAUUUCCCAACCUAUUAAUGAAGAAUGAAUAAAAUAUAGAGGUAACUAUGUUGUAUUUUCUUGAACUUAGAUGCUUUCUUACAAUGUUUGCUUAGAGUUAGCUUUGUCAUAUUUGUCAUUUGGGUGCUGGAAAAAACAAACAUGCUGAAGCUUUAGACGAACUGUGUAGUUUUUAACUGGAGAAAGCUUUUUAUUGCUCUUAAUGAUAUGCACACAGAAACCUUGUUUGACAAAAGGUACUUUCAAGUCAAUGCUAUGGUUUCCACAUGGACAUACAGUCCCUAUGUAGCAGGCACCAAGAGUAAAUGGACUUGCCUUAAUUUCUAAACAAGGGAACAGGUAGAAGCGAAUUAUGGGUCCUCCAGCUAGAGGGAGAGUCACCAGGAGGGAGUCCUUGGAAAGCAGAAUGGAGAGAAGGCAGCUUUGGCUGUUUCCUGUCCAUUGGCCCUGCCCUGGAGCACACUUAAGGAGCAGGCUGUGGGCCUUAAAUAAAAAGUGGGGGUGAGGAUUAGUAUUAUACGAUCACAGCUUACCCUCAGCCUAUGCUCCUUUGCCUCAGCAGGGCAUUGUCUUUCUAGAGAGCUAGGAGCACAAGGGCUACAAAUAGACCCCAAGAUAGAUAGUAGGAGAUACAUCUUGGUGCAUUUUUUUUUUUUUUUUUUCUUUUUCUUGAGACUUUAUGUCACAAGUCCUGCAAGGCAAAAAACAGAAACAAAAUCGAACUUUUACCCAAUCUGCAGCAGGAAAUCAAAGGAGCGGGUGGGAUGAGGGAAAAUAUGUGAAGAAUAUCUCUUUUUUUUUUUUUUUUUUUGGCUUGCUUUCCUGUCUGUAAUUUUGAAGGACCAAAAUGGUGAACACUCCUGCCGUUAUCAUGUAUGUCUCCCUUAUUACUACACAAUCAUAUGAGUGCAGAGAAUGAGGAGGCAUCUUUUAAAAGCCUUAGGAUAUUCUAUAUGAUGACCUCAAUAUUCACUUUCAGCCAUACUGGGAAAACUCACUUUUCGUGGAGCGCCACCUAACAGUGAAUGUACUAGAGCAUGAAGUGUUUGGCAUGUAUGUGCCUAUAAGUGUACACACAUGCAGACAGACAGACAGACAGACACACACACGAGAUGCACAUCUCACACACACAUUAUUCAAGUUAAAACUGCACUCUCUAAUCACUCAACUUGAUUCUCUUGUCAUUUUAACUCUCAAAAUCGAUAUUUACUACAUUAAUGGACAUAAACAUAAUUCAGAUAUUUAAAUAUUUAAAAGGAGAAGGAAAUCACUAGAAAACCAGUGAAAAAUGAGACCAUCAUAAAUAAGAAAUGCCUCUCAGUAAUAGUCUAAAUACAUUGUCGAUUGUACUUCAAGAUGGAGAAUUGAAGACGGACUUGAAUAUAAAUUACAAACAAACCCUCAUCUUUACUUAAAGCUGUUUUCAGUUCUUUGAGGUCCUGACAUGUUUUAGCCAGUUACCUGUUCAGGUUCUCCUCUGUUAGCAGUCCAGACUGGGAAGUUGGAAGUCUCAGGAAAUGCAUGUUCUUAUGAGUUUCCAGUCCUAUAAUUUUACAGAUCCAAUGACACAGUCUCCUGACCUUUGGUGACUCAUCCAAAUGAGAGCUCCAUGGGUAGAGUGCUUGAGUUUUGAAUUGCUAACAGAAAAUAAUGCAAGGUGUCCCUCGGGAUAUGCUAAGCAAGGUUUUUAAAAGUAUUUGAUUUCACAGCACUUUAGUCUUUUCAACUAGAUUUCAGUGACACACUGGUGUAAAUGCUAUAUUUGCCAUAACUUCUUGGCGGCUCCUGUGUUACAUACAAUUUUAAAUAAUGCUCUAAAUUGUUUGUUUUCCCGACAUCAGUAAAAUGUUCUGUAGAAUUUGUAAAAUGUAUUGAUUGAGUCUGUUGAAAAUUGUGCGGUUUUUAUUUCAUUUGUGAUACUAUUCAUAGGUAUUAGUUCUAAAUGUAUAUGUGUAUGAGUCAAAAGUAUGUGCUUGUAUGUGGCUUGUGUGUUAAUAUAUCGUAUCUUAUAAAAAAUCAAACUUAUCCUAAAGAAAAAGGGCACGUUAUGACCAGCCUUAAUUCAUUGCCAUUUUUUGUUGUUGUAAUUUGGGAUUAAAAUUUAAAGAAAAAUUAUGUUUUUGUUUAAAAUGUCCUUUUUUUUUUUUUUAAAUCGUAUGAGGACUGUGCUUUAGAAAUUAUCUGAGAUCUCCCAACCAACAGUUAAGCUUCUGGAACACCUGAAGCUUCUCCAAAGUUUCCAAUGUCAAUCAUUUAUGAACUUCAUUAUCAUGCAAAAACAUAGAUUCAUGUUUGUUUCCAUCAGCAACAGAACCAGUGCACUUCAAAAGCUGUUCUUCCAAACAUGGAACCACUCUGCUUUUGAGGAUAAAUUUCCCAUGGAAAAUGGUUUCUUCAAACCAUUCAUUUUUUUAAAGACUGGAUUUUCUCACCUAAGAUGAGCUGCCUAGGCUCUGUGAGAGUCGCUAAGACCCAUCAACAUUAGGUGGUUCCAACAUGGUUCCCUUCUCAAAACACAGGCAUACAGUAUCCUUUUAAACCUUUGCUAUCUGCCUACGUGUAGUCUAGCAAUAGAAAAUGCAUGACUAAUUCAAGGAUCUGCAUGAGUUGUCAUGCUCAAAGCAAAAAUGUUGUCAUCUUUCUUGAGCCUGGGCUCUGGGUGUGGAAUAUUAAUCAAUCUUAUUUUCUCUUCUUUUUCUAUCCUCAAUUAUUUCUAUUCCAUAUUUAGGCUUUCUAGAUAAAACACAGAGCAUCCAGUGAAACUCAAAUUUCAGUUAAAUAAUAUAUUUUAGUAUAAGAAUUUCCAAAACAUUCCGUGAGACAUACUAAAAACUUUUCCAUUGUCUAUCUAAAGUUCAAAUUUAACUGGAUGUGUCCUGUAUUUUUUCCCCUGACAACCCUACCCAUUUUGCCUCUCUCUUUUCAGUUGGGCUACCUACAAAGGGUGAGAUCCUACCUCCUUCUAAACCCUUACAUUAAUGUAUCUUAUGGAAAUCUAUAUCCUAAUACCCUUCAUGAAGGAAAAUGUCCGUCCAUAGUAAGUUCCCCAACCAAAGGACCAAUUCAAAUAGAGACAGCAUAAUCGAGCAAGCAAGUGCCUCUAUAAUAUUAAUGUUACCACAUUCAAAAUUUCCCUUUACCAUCCUGUUGCAAGAUCUAGAGUCACCCCCAUUAAUCCCUUAAGCAACGUUCCCCAGCAACUGGGACACCCCAAAACACACUACACUUUAAAUAUGUCCCUGGAAACUGGUAGCACCUUCCAACUCAAUACCAGGACCUCUUUUAAAAUUCAAUUUCUUCUUCAUUUGGAGAAGUAACAAAUUAAUCCAUUGCUUCCCUCAUUAACCUCCUAGCACAAAUUACUUUUAUCAGUUUAGAACUGAUCAUCUAUGGAAUUAUAGAAAAUUUGACUAGAAAAAAAAACUUCUUUUGAUUACUGAAAAAAGAGAGGAAAAGAGUCUGGGAUGUAAAUGCAGCCUCAUCAGUACCUCCUUAGAAGACGGGGUUGGAGCUGGGCAGGGAAUAGGAUAUGGAUGCUGACAAUGAACCAGUACCUGCCAGGGAGAUUUGCCAAAGCAAAUUAUAACAAACAGCAUUUUUUUUGAAGGAAUUGAAAACUCAAGACACCCCAGGGUAAGAACAAUGAGAUCUAAGUCCAGUUCCUAGAACAGUCUGCAGAGAAUAGAAUUAUGUUGGGAUUCCUAAAAUAGAGUUUUCAAAAACUGUUGUAUCCAACAGUGAAUCCUUGACCUGGUCUGAAUGUGGAUGGAGUUUUGGAAUGUUUUUGGAACCUACCUCCUCUCCUGAAAUUCCUGUAAGUGACAAGAAAAUCCAAAUUCCCUAGUAUAACAUUUUCAUCUCAUGGUCCCUGCUUGCACACCUUCAUAUUGAUUUGCUUCAUUUCUAAAGGAUGGGAGUUUGCAGAGCUGGUGACAUUUCUUUCACUAGAUACCAGAAAAUCACCAGAAGGAGACAGAUCUGUGCCUUCUCUUUUUAGGAUCUGGUCAUUGAUACUUUAAUAAAUGUGGUGUAAAGAAAAUUCAUGCCUACCACUGUUCUGUUUAGCAAAUGUGAAAUUUUUGGAUAAGAUUGUUGUUCUUAAUGUUAAAAAAAAAGUUUCUUUGUAUCCAGUGAAAUGCCUAAUAAAGUCCUGGUACCAGUUA